AUGUUUCGUAUCGCAAGCUCACUCGAAGAAGUUGAUCGAUACGAUGACGAGGAGAACUACCACCCGAAGAGCAUCACAGCGCAUGGUCGGGAUGACCUGGACGAACAUGCGCACCAGUCGAUCGCCUUACUUCUGAGCAGCCGCUCGUCAACCAAUGUGGACGUCAUCCGAAGCGGGAUCCAUCGUGAGAUCUUUCAGAGACAUGGAACAUCGAUACGCAUCUCGAGUAUCGCAACCGACAGUCAAGACAUACGAACACAAAGUGGCAUCAUGCACGUCUCAGGAUUCGUCAAGGGCGCUGCUGCCGCAGCGUUGCUGCUGGUCGGUACCAGUUCCGCCACCAGAAUCUCAAAACCAUCGCCUUAUGACAAGUACGCGCUGCUUGCCCAGCAAAUGGGAUCAGGAGAUGUGUCGUCUUCGUCUCUGGUGCAGCCAACCUGGAUGCGUUUGCAGCAGCAUCUCACCCUUCCUGAUACCUCGAAUCCUGAAUUAGCGUACGAGUCAUUGGGAUUAAUCGUACCUGGUCUCAAUCUCUCGGUGCUGAAGGGUGAGGGUGGAAAUUAUUCCCUCGCUGGCAUUCCUCUGAACAACACCGCAAGCCUCAACGAGGAAGAGAUCGCCCGCGCUAGAAAUUGUCCCGAAAUCGAGUUCAUCACUACUCGCGGUGCAAACGACUCUUACCCAGACAGCUUCUGGCUCAUGGAGAUGGCUCGUCAAGUCAUGUCGCAGUUGCCCAAUGGCACAUCGAGGAGAACCGAGACGCGAUACAACUCUUCCAUCGGCAACGACCUGACAUCGCAAGUCAACGCAGCGCUCAACGGUAGCUACUGGAUCGCCAACUACACCACACUCCUUGCUCAGAGCUGUCCUGAUACCACGAUCAUCAUGAUGGCUUACUCACUCGGCUCCGCUGCCAACAUCAUUGCUACCAACCGCCCUCGGUUCCCUCAUAGUCGUAUCAAGGCAUUGGUAUACUGGGGAUCCCCUUUGCACUCGCCUGGUCGCCCACAGAACCGCGGUACCGCUCAGUCCGCCCUCGGUCAGGUCGGACUGGUGGGCUACCGUACUCCCCGAGGCAUCCAGCCAAUCGUUCGAGAUUAUUGUAACGAGGGAGACAUCAUCUGCACAUCGUCGGGAAACCUGACCGUUCAUUUGGGCUAUGCCAACUCUUCCAUCCAGGACGAGACGGUCGACUACCUGGUCAAAGCCGCUCUUCAGGCCUGA